ACAAAAAAAGUAAAGCCGCCGAGCGAAUGGCCGAGCGCGACUUGUGACAUAUUUUAAAAUUAUUCUUGUUUACUUUUGUUUUCGGUUUUAUUUCUGAUAAAAUUAUUUAUUUAAAUGGCGAUUCGGUGGAAUUUUAUUCUUUUUAUUGUAGUAGUGUUUACGUUCAAUAUUACGGAGUUCGAAUGCAGAAGAAGCCACAGGAAAUUACACGGAAAUGAGAACAAAACAGAUUUCGAUAGGCACAGUUUCGUUUUAGAAAGUCCGGUAGAGAAGAGCAUCUUAGAUUUCGACCUCAGCGCAACUGAUGUGAUUGACAAUGCAAGUGAUGGCGUCGCUUACACCAGUCACGUUGUCCGGCGACAACCUGGGCCAACGUCACCGACACCUCAACAGCUUAGUGCGCGAGGCUCAUGAGAGCGGAGCCAAGUUCCCUGAUGUGGAGGCUCUGCCCGAACUGUCUCCGCUCGACCGACUCUUCAAGAUAGACCUCGCCGUCAAACUGCAACAUGUGCACUACAUAAUACAUAACCUGAAACACGACGACAUGCUGUACGUGAGCAGAGCCCUGAGAGCGACCUGGCUAGUACACCACCAGGACAUCAUUAACCCCAAACACUUGGAAGACGUUCUCUUCCCAGAGAUGCUGGCGCCGGCGGUCACCAGAAUGAAACACUGGCUCUACAUCAACCUGCGAGAGCCAGCAAUGUGCCAGCAGUUCUAUCAGCACUUCAAACCGAACUCCUUUGACUAUGCCAUAAAGUUCCUUAACCACUGCAGCCAAGACUUCAUACUGGAGGAGGUUCCCAACAUACUGGCAAAGAUAUCCUGUCAUUAUUUGAAGGUACUGUGUGAGAAAUGUCCUCGAGUUGCUAAAAUAUACUUCGAUGCGUUGGCGACGGAUGAUGAUGUGAAAACGCGCUAUCUCGCACAAGAGAAGGUCUACUACAACAGCGUGAAGUAUGUGCUGAAGUCGGACGCCGAUGUGUUCCUCGACAUCACGGAGAAGUAUUUCAACAUGAACAGCUUUAGUCGCCUCAGUCCAUCGGCGACUGACUACAUCGUGCGCUGUCACAAAGCUAGAUUGUGGAGCAAGUUGGAGCUGUAUGCGGCGUAUAUCCUGCAUAUCCCGAGCCUCGCCGCUCGGCUCAGCGUCGAGGAGUGUCAGGAAGUAGUGCUGCAGCUCGCUCGGGCGAGCUACCUGCAGCAUUGGUUCAGUUAUAAAGUUGUGGAGCCACUGAUCAAGCGACUCAGUCCCGACAAGAGAGCCGCAUUCAAGAAACGAGUGUUCGUGGAGAAGGAUGUGGGAGAGUCUGUGCCCGACUGGCCCUACUCCACGCCGGAUCCUCCGCGCCGGGCUGAGUCUGGUUCACACGUAUUCGACGACGAGGAAUUUAGUUCAGUUCACAGUAGAAAAAAAAUUACAAAGCGGAUAGUAAAAAAGAAGAAAGGGCCCGGGGCCGGAAGUCAUUACUCCGAAAUUGUAGAAUGUCCAACCGAUAACACUGAGUUAGACCGAUUGUUCAAUGAAUUUCGUUUUAUCGGGUUCGACCGGGCUCUGCACGAGCUUGGACAGCGGUUACAGGCUGCGAGUUCAGUUGAGAGACGGCGCGAUAUUUUCCUCGUGUUGGUGAGCAAGACCGGCGGCCGUAGUGAAGCUGUGUCGGCGCUAUUACGUUUAGCAGCACGUCACAGUAACGAACCGCCACACAUACGCGCCUCUAUACUGCGCAGUCUCGUGAAGCGUGCCAACGUGUGGCGUCUGCCUGCUGACGUCUGGCAACAUUUGCUGGAGUUCGGCCAUGGUCUCGGACUCGACGGGGGACCUCCCGAAGCCGCGUGCCGUGAGGGGCUGCAUGCCGUUGUGAUUCGCCAAUUACUAGCUGGCAAAUGUGAACAAGCUGUCUGCGUCGCCUUUUUGAAGGAUUUUACCACACUGGCGGAAUAUUCCCUGAAGAAAGACGAACGCGAGUGUCUUGCUGUCGGUCUUCAGAACAUGUUAGCAGCUUCAGCUUCAGACGCAGAGCCGUCAGAAGCCGCAGAACGGCUCGGUCAGAUGCUUGAUAUCAUUUUUAAUUAUGGCCUUGGUGUCGCCUCAGCAAUGCCCACGGUUAUGGCUGUGAAAAGUUUAGCUUUGCGUGAUGCAGAAGUUUCUCACUACUUAUUAAGACGGCUAUACGAUGCUAGAAUUGGACGCCGUGAAUUACUCCGUGAGAAUUUAAAGUUUCGAUGUGAUCAGGCAGCGUUUCUUAACGCACUACGUCACGACCCAGCCGCUCUCGAAAUGGAGACUAUCGCAAAUGAGAUAGCUUUAGGCGAAAAGGGCUAUGAUGUAUUUAUUUCAAAAAUUGUGGUAUACUUCAACCAUGACAAAGAUGAUAUUACGGGCCGGCUAACUCACGUAUUUCAGGAGAGAGUUUCAAAACGACCGGAAAACCGAAGGGAGAUUAUAAGAAAUACUUAUAUUCGUAGAAGACGUCCUAAGGAGGUCAAUUUGACCCGAGCGCUUACGAGUCUUCUGUGCCAACAGUUUGGGAAAGUCUUGACUGAAUCGGACACAGAAGGCUCCUCAUAUGCGACGUAUGGCGCAGCGCUAAGGGCGUGCGCACACCGCGCCCGGCCAGCCAUCAACUUGGCGGAGUCUGGCUGGCGCAAGGCUGGUGUGAAGGCUGUCGCGACGCUCGCGAUGCGCUGUCGGGAAGCAGAGAGAGCCUCGCUAACUCGUGCGCUAGCGGCCGAGCGGCGCACGGUGAGAGUAGCCUUAGCGCUCAGCAUGCGCUCUGCGGGCGGCGCAGUGCUCGACACCUUCGCGGCAGCAGUCAAGCUGCGCCCAGCAGUCGCGCUGCGAGUGGCGUUGCUGUACUUCCGACGCGCAGGUGCUGGCGCUGACCUCAGGGUGUGGGAUAUGGUUAAACCUCUGCUCUCCAGUGUCGACCUGAGACCACGCGAGUGGCUCCAUAAAUUUCUCGGAAACACCCACUGGCUACCGUCUACCAUUAAACCUGAUUAUUGCGCCUUGUUUUAUCUUACUAUUUAUAAAAUUCCAUAUUCAAAUUCCACUCAGGUACUUGAACAUGUGUGUACGCUUCUUCCAGAGAUUAAACAAAGCACGCUUGAAAACGUUCUGCUUUGUAUGUUUGAUAGGACUGAAGAGGAUGAGGUACCGGUGAUACCCUUUCCCGCACUGUAUGUUAGAUAUCUGAUGUUGGCUAGAAGUGAUGAGGAUUUCGAAGAAAGGUGUAGUAAGAUCGGUAAUCAGUUUUUGGAGAUCUUAGAAAACCUACGCAGUGAACGAGAGAAGGACUUUGAAAGAAGAUUGCAUCAGAUUUUGGCUUGUUUAAAAUAUAACGCUGCGUGUUUUAACACUGACUAUACUUGUUAUUUGUCAGUGAUAGAGAAAAUCUUAGCGUGGAUGCAAACAUUCAUGCUGAAAGAGGACUACUUUGAUGUGUAUGUGAAGAUACAUCUUACAAUGUUGUACUACAGAGCGGUGAGGCAGAGCAUGAAACAGAUGCCGGACGUGUUCGCUGAUGUGAAGCGGAGGAAGUCGGAGGGCGUGGAGGCUGUGGGCUUCGUCCUCGGGAGGUACAUAGUGAAGGAGUUGGCCCAGCUUGUGGAAACAUACUUCGACUCCAUAAUAGAGCUGUAUUCUGGUGCUCUGGAUGGCUACUUAGAUCAGUUUACGGGCGGGAGAUCGAGAUCAAUAUUCAUUGGAGCCGUGCUUCGGGGUAUGAUGGCGGACGGAGUGGGUCUGCAGCGGCGCUUGGUGGUGUAUGAGUUAAGAGAUCGAUACGAUGUGGACGAGGCUACGAGAACAGACAUCAUAAAACAACUAGAACAGGAUAAGGCGCUUGAGAUUUUCGUUUAUGCUGAACUUGUUUAAUGUAACUAGUUUCUGGCAGCGGUUUCGUCAGCGUUUUGUGUCCUGUAGUUUUUUAAUGUUUAGUAUACAUAGUCUUAGAUCAAUGCUGUUAUCUAUGUUGUCACAUUUGGUGCUCUCAUCGCCGACCCGCUUUCAUUUGCUUUUCUGGUACUUUAAAUACCUAUUCGAAUUGAUUUCCUGCCUCUUGAAUUAGCCUUUAGGUCUAACCACGCCACUUAGGCAUAGGCAACAACUAUUUAUAUUGUCUGUGUGUAAAGCCUACCUUCGUACUAAUAAUCAUGUUUUACAUUCGCAUUUUUAUUG